GCUGCUGCUUCCAGUGGAACCAUGAGCCACACUCCUCGGCCCUUCCUCACAGGAGCCCAUAUCGCCGCCCCACCAAGCUAUACCAUGAACAAGGAGGAGUAUGAGAUAGGAGAAGUUGGAGCACCCCAGCCUUCAGCGCCUGUGACCUCCACCGUGGUCAGCAUCCAGCCUGAGAUCUCGGAGCCUGACCACAUUGUCUGGUCCCUGUUCAAUACUCUCUACUUGAACUUCUGCUGUCUGGGCUUCUUGGCUUUCGUAUAUUCUGUGAAGUCUAGGGACAGGAAGAUGGUUGGCGACAUGAUUGGGGCCCGGAGCUAUGCGUCCACUGCCAAGUGCCUGAACAUCAGCACCGUGAUCCUGGGCAUCCUCUUCAACAUUGGAAUCAUCGUCUCUGUAGUGUUUACUGCCUUAUUGUUUUCCAAAAUAUACUACCAAAGUGUGCAUAAGGGUGGAGGCCUCUAG